CGGAGGCGGAGAGUCAGUCGGCUCGCUGUGGAGCUGUGUCGGGCAGCUGGAGGAGCCGACCGCCGACAGAAAACGGCGAUUCAAAGAAAAGAGCCAAGCGAUACCCUGAUGCUCAAAUCCAGGAUUUGAACAGCGACGAGAAGAAAAGGAGAAUUGUUUAUUUUAACGUUUGGUUUGAGCACGGAAUUAAAGGGAGGAUACGAGGACGCUACACACCCCAUAAACAGAGAGGGAAGAAGCUGGAUUCAGCAUGUUAUUAGAGAUUAACGUUGCACUGGCAGCCUCAUCCAUGUUACUGUAAUGGAAACGUGCUUUUGGUCAGCAGCAUCUGAAAUGCAUCAGUGGAAAUAUAUCAGGAACCCCCAUGGCUAAUCAUCAUAUGAAGUGGGGCUGGCUUGGGUUUGCCUCUCAAGAGCCGGGUUCCCUGCCCUUCCCAGCCCAGCGCCAUGCUAAGACAACACGUGGACAAUAACAAGGAGCGAUUAGUUCAACCUGUGGGAAAGCUGUGGAAAAAGUUGGUGGAAAAUCUACAGUUUGAGCCCCUUUGUCAGUCUUGCUUUUUUAUUUUGACCUAGAUUCCCUGUAACACACCAUAGCCAUCCAAAGAAAAACUCCUUUUAUUCUGUUUCACUUUAAGUCAAGCUGCAGCAACAUUAGAUUUUAGUGGAACAUUUGCAGCUGAGAAAAUGGAUGUUCAGAUUUAUAGUUAGCUUCUGUUGAAAUUGAAAAUGCAUGGGGAAAAAUAAAGGGACCCCUAUGACCAGGAGGAAGAGGUGGUACAGCAGCAUUAGUUCAAAAUGGCUCAAACCAGUUUGCUGCAGGGAAAGCGCUUUUACUGCCGAGAGUGGGUUUUCCACAAGAUCCAACAUUGCCUCCAGGAAAAAACUAACAACCUCAGCGGAGUGACCAUCACCCCCAGUAAGCAGCCUUUACAUGUGCCCGGUGGGGGUGUAUCUGUCCCUGGUGGUAUCACAACCGUAUCUGCGAAGUCCAGUAGCCCGUGGGGUGUGUUACUGGUGGGAGGACCUGGGAGUGGGAAGACUGCCCUGUGCACAGAGUUGCUGUGGCCCACAUCAGCCCAGGGAACCCACCGCAGCCUGCACAAGCAGAGCCUGGCUUUCCAUUUCUGCCGGGCGGAUGACUCGGACACGUUGUGUGUCGGUGGAUUCAUCCGGGGUCUGGUGGCUCAGAUAUGCCGAGGUGGGCUGGUGCCAGGAUACGAGGAAAAGGUGCACGACCCAGCUGUACAGAGCACUCUGCAACAUGGAGAGUGUGAGAGGAACCCUGCAGAAGCUUUCAAGAAGUGUGUCCUCUUGCCUCUCCUGAGCGUGAAGCCUCCUCAGCAGUCACUGUUCCUGCUUGUUGACUCUAUCGACGAAGGCUCUCAUUUCGGUGAGGGUGAGCAGAGGUCCUCGCCGGGGUCUCCCAGGACGAUUGCCGAGCUCCUCGCUAGUCACCAUGAGUUCCUGCCUCCCUGGCUGCUGCUUAUCUGCUCUGCGCGUAGGCAGAACAAAGCCAUCACCAAACUCUUCACAGGAUUCCGCAAAAUCAGCCUCGAUGAUCUGCGAAAAGCCUACAUCGUUAAAGAUGUGCAGCAGUACAUCCUUCACCGGCUGGACCAGGAGGAGGCCCUGAGACAGCACCUAACCAAGGAGACCGCAGAGAUGCUCAACCAGCUUCACAUCAAAAGCAGCGGCUGCUUCCUCUACCUAGAACGCGUUCUAGAUGGCGUGGUGGAGAACUUCAUCAUGCUUCGGGAGAUCCGUGACAUCCCAGGCACUCUCAAUGGGCUCUACCUGUGGCUCUGCCAGAGGCUGUUUGUCAGAAAACAAUUUGCCAAAGUUCAGCCUAUUCUUAAUGUAAUCUUGGCAACUUGCCGGCCACUUACGGUCAAAGAACUGUACCAUGCAGUCUGGACCAAAAACAUGACUCUUACCAUGGAGGAGUUUCAGAAAAAAAUGGACAUUCUCUCCAAGUUAUUGGUUGAUGGCCUUGGGAGUACUAAAAUCCUUUUCCACUACAGUUUUGCAGAAUGGUUGCUCGAUGUGAAGCAUUGCACCCAGAAAUACCUGUGCAAUGCAGCAGAAGGACAUCGGAUGUUGGCCAUGAGUUACACCUGCAGAGCAAAGCAACUGAAACCUCUGGAAGUGCAGGAAUUUGCUCUGCACCUCGUCAACUCCAACCUACAGAUCGAGCCUUAUAAUUUGGCUCUUUGGAUGGUCUGGAAUGGAACUCCCACUAAAGACUCUCUAAGCACCUCCAUACCAAGAGAACAGGAGGUUCUGCAGCUUCUUGUCAAAGCUGGUGCUCAUGUUAACAAUGAGGAUGAUCAUGCUUCAUGUAUUGUACAACAAGCCCUAGAGCGAGAGGACUCCAUAAGAACAUUACUUGACAACGGGGCUUCUGUGAAUCAGUGCGACUCAAGUGGAAGAACUCUGCUGGCCAACGCUGCAUACAGUGGAAACCUUGAUGUGGUUAAUUUGCUCAUAUCCAGAGGGGCGAACAUGGAGUUGGAAGACAACCAUGGCCAAACAGCUCUUACUCUUGCUGCGAGGCAGGGUCAUACCAAGGUGGUCAACUGUCUUAUUGGUUGUGAAGCUGAUAUAAACCACACAGAUCACGAUGGGUGGACUGCACUCCGCUCUGCAGCUUGGGGUGGACACUCUGAGGUGGUGUCUGCUCUUCUUUAUGCUGGAGCCAAAGUGGACUGUGCUGAUGCAGAUGGUAGAACUGCAUUGAGGGCGGCAGCUUGGGGAGGCCAUGAAGAUAUUGUGUUAAAUCUUCUUCAGCAUGGAGCUGAAGUUAAUAAAGCAGACAAUGAAGGAAGGACUGCUCUCAUUGCUGCAGCAUACAUGGGACACAGAGAAAUUGUGGAGCACCUGCUGGACCAUGGAGCCGAAGUUAAUCAUCAAGAUGUGGAUGGGAGGACUGCCCUUUCUGUGGCUGCUCUCUGUAUUCCUGCUAGUAAAGGUCAUGCGUCUGUUGUGAGCCUUCUGAUUGACAGAGCAGCAGAGGUUGACCACUGUGACAAAGACUGCAUGACUCCUCUGCUCGUGGCUGGCUAUGAAGGACAUGUGGAUGUAGUUGAUUUGCUCUUGGAAGGUGGAGCUGAUGUGGAUCACACAGACAAGAAUGGGCGAACCCCUCUCCUGGCAGCUGCAUCAAUGGGCCAUGCAUCUGUGGUCAACACGUUACUUUUCUGGGGGGCUGCUGUGGAUAGCAUCGACAGUGAGGGGAGGACAGUGCUGAGCAUUGCUUCUGCUCAGGGAAAUGUGGAAGUGGUUCGAACUCUGCUGGACAGAGGUCUGGAUGAGAACCACAGGGACGACGCAGGCUGGACCCCGCUACACAUGGCUUCAUUUGAGGGCCACCGCCAAGUGUGCAAUGCUCUUAUUGAACAAGGUGCUCGCUGCUCAGAGGUGGAUAAUGAUGGGAGAAUACCACUGAUAUUGGCUGCGCAAGAGGGACAUUAUGACUGUGUGCAAAUUCUCCUGCAGAACAAGUCAAACAUUGACCAGAGGGGGUAUGAUGGAAGGAAUGCUCUCAGGGUAGCUGCACUUGAGGGCCACAGGGACAUUGUUGAACUGCUGUUGAGCCACUGUGCUGAUUUAGAUUGUAAAGAUGCAGAUGGUCGCCCAACACUCUACAUAAUGGCCCUUGAAAAUCAGCUGGCCAUGACUGAGUAUUUCCUUGAAAAUGGAGCGAACGUGGAAGCCUGUGACACUGAGGGCAGGACGGCUCUCCACGUAUCCUGCUGGCAGGGACAUGUUGAGAUGGUGAGGUUGCUCAUUAACUACCAUGCUGACGUGAAUGCCUGCGACAACGAGAAGCGAUCCGCUCUCCAGUCUGCAGCAUGGCAGGGCCACACCAAAGUGGUUCAGUUUUUGAUAGAGAACGGAGCGCAUGUGGAUCAUACAUGCAACCAGGGAGCAACAGCACUAGGCAUAGCUGCCCAGGAGGGUCACAUCGACGUCGUGCAGAUACUGUUGGAAAACGGUGCAGACCCCAACCAUGCCGACCAGUUCGGCCGCACGGCAAUGAGGGUGGCAGCAAAAGGUGGCCAUUCAAUGAUCAUUAAAAUCCUAGAAAAAUAUGGAGCAACAACAUUAAACGGCUGCAACCCUUCCCCAGUGCAUACCAUGGAUGAGAAAACACCUUUGGCAGUGACCGGCAAAAUGCAUUCACUCACCAUUAAAUCAAGUAGUUCAGGCAGCACAGGGGUAGGAGACGUGCAGUCAUCUGGACGCAGUCUUCCCAACGGACCCGUCCACGCUUUCAGCUCACCGUCAGAGUCUCCCGAUUCCACUGUGGAUAGGCAGAAAUCGUCUCUGUCAAACAAUUCCCUCAAGAGUUCAAAAAACUCCUCUUUAAGAACCACGUCAUCCACGGCUACAGCUCAAACUGUACCUAUCGACAGUUUUCAUGGAAUGACGUUUACGGAGCAAAUCCAGCAGCACUCACUUCCUCGGAGCCGAAGUAGACAGUCGAUUGUAUCCCCUUGCUCUACAACAAAGUCUGCCAGUCAGCAGCCAUCGUCUCCAUCCAGUGAAUUUGAUUGGUCUCAGCUGAAGUCAGCAAAGGGAAGUAAGACAGGAAGCGGGACUCAAAAUAGCAAAGCAACUCUGGAAGACAAGAAGAAAACUAAGAACAGUGGAUCCAGCCAAGGCCAGGUUCUGGAGUAUGAGAUGACCCAGUUCGACAAGAGAAUGGCUUUCAACCAAUCAGUUGCUAAUAUUGCAUUGAAGGAUCCUCACUGUAAGAUCAUGAUCGGUGGUUCAGUGCAGCAGGAAAGAGGGCAGUGCCAAGACCCGUUUUUCAUCCAGCCACAGAGCUGCUCUGAGAAGAAAAGGAAUGGGAUCAUGACCAAUCCCAAAUAUCAUCUACAGGGCAAUCAGGUCUUCUUAGGUCGAGUGUCAGUUCCACGGGCUGUGCAGAACAGGGGCCACCAGGACGUUUUAGAGAACUACCCCAUUGGGGAAACAGAGCUGAGCCUUAAACAAGCCCUGAAGCUGCAGAUUGAAGGAUCAGACCCUGGGUUUAACUACAAAAAGGAGACCCCAUUAUAGCUGAUAUUCUGAACACCAUCCGUCAUGCUGACAUUGGAGAGAAUGUGCCAAAGCAACAGUUUCCAUCUGCGUAACUACGUUUACCCCCCCACCCACCACGGGACGUCAUUAAAACAACUCUGCCAACAGUCUAUGUGAACUGAUAUUCUGAUGUGCCUACAUCUGUUACAGCCUUCUGUUUUCAUACAAAAUAUAAUUUUAAUUUAAUGCUAUGCUAUUUAAUAAACAGUGUAUGCACUUUUAAAAGAAUGACCUGACAGACAUACAUGUUUUUCCCCCUCACUUUGUAACCCAUCCAUGUUUUAUGAGCUGUUUGAGAGAAACACGCCAGUUCUUUCUUUAUUAGUUUGCAUUAUGUUGUAUUUUGUCACAUUGACAGCAGUGUACCAGUGGGUGCAUUUUCCCAGACCAGAGGAAACAACAGUAACUGAUGUCAUGGUUGUCAUUCAUUGCCUUUCUAGAGACCCCAAAUAAUCUGUUACCUUUGAUCAGUGUGUAAAAUGUUAAAAGGAGUUUACUGGGAUAUAAAGUGUAUUUAUUUUUUAGGAAAACAAGCCACUUUUGUUGCAUUUUCUUUUUUUUUAUUUGUGUUGUCACAUUCUACCAUGGUGCUGUGUUCAGAAGAUGCCUGCAGACAUUUUGGGACUUUUUUUGGCUUUUAAAUAUCUAAGCAAGAGGGAGGUUCAUUUAUAAUGUAAAACUAAUUUGAUUUUGUCCCUAUGGGAUUUUUCUGUUUUUGUAUUGUGUGUGGGUGUGAUGUUUUUAUGUGCAAGAGUAUUUAAGUAACUGUUGUGUAUCGUCAUCAAGGUUUUGGUGCUAAAUGCAGCGGUUUUGUUUUUAUUUUACAUUUCUCAGCAGCUCAGUAAACAGAACUACAGCUUUGUUUCUGUAUCAUUUUCAAUUAUGUUCUGCUGGACUUUUCAGGGGCAUGACACAAAAAGUAUUCAGCCAUUAGGACAACCCAUAGCUGUUAGUGAUAUUGUUUGAAAUGCAGACUUGUAAAGCCAAAGUUGAAACAGCAUACCACUGUCCCGCCUCCUCUGUGAGAAGCUUAGAAUCAGUUCAAUAGGGCCUAAACCCUGCAGGAGGAGGAGGAGUUUGGUCAACCAUGACUCUGAGAGAUCUCAAACAUCUGUUUCUUAUGAAUCGAGUGGAGCUGUGUUAGUGUUUACAGGCUGUGUCACAUUUUUGCAGGCUUUUCACAACGUUAACAGUGAGCUAUAUUUUGCCAAGAGCUGGGAUUUUUGGGGAAGGUGAAAACUUAUCGCAUGCAGACACCUAGAAGCCCCCGGUAAAAGCUCUGCUCUUCAGUAGCUCACAGUGUGCCAUGAAGGGUGAAUGGAAGGAUUUCAGGCAGGAAACAUUAUGUAGUCUUAUUAAACAGCUCUUUUGUUGGUCUUGAAACUGUUUUGUCUGUCAACUUUGAUUUGACUCGGUGAUUGGAUUGUAAAUAGCUUAUUGUGUACAUUUAACUUUCAUUUAAAAUAAUCCCUGUAUUAUAUGAAGCUCAAUUUUCUGAUGUAUAUUAAAGUGCUUAAUAAACACAUUUGCUUUACUGCUGAAA